AUGCGCGAGCAACUGAGGUCGUUGCUGGAUAUCUUGGACUCAGUGACGGUCGUCAGGAUGAGCUAUUGGUCUAAGCUGGACGAGCUGGACGAUCCCCUAGACGCGCACCGCGAAGCGGUGACCGAAGUUUACAAAGCGCAUCUCGAUUCCGUCGACCAGUUGAAAAAGCUCAAGGUAGAGAGCUGCGUGAAGAUGGAGGAACCUGAAGGAUACCGGCGAACCUGGAAAUGGGUCGGCAAGGAAAACAACGAUAUCAUCGACGAGGAUGAUGAGUGGUAA